UUAAAUAGCCUCAGCAGCCGAGUGGUUAAUAUUAAUGAAGUCGGAGUGAAGCUGACCUGCCGCCUCACCUGGCUGCACAGAGCAGGUGAGCUUCAACCAAUCAGACGGCGGCUGUGCUGUGAAAUGCAGCCAAACCUGUCGGGCAGAGAGAGAGAGGGCGAGCGAGGGAGAGUCCCAUUGAGUCAGAGUGGGAACUUCCACAGAGAGAGAGAGAGUCUGGAGGAAGACAGUCUCUGAGACGUCCAGCUGCUCACAUGCUGGUCAGAACACGCCGUGACAUCACUGUGACAUCAUGAGCAUCCCCACCAGGCACGCGGACAGGUACGCCGAGGACAGGGUUCCCGUAGGGGCCUGGGGCCCCCCCAACAUCCAGGACAUGGAGCUGAGGGAGGAGUGGCAGGACGACGGCUUCCCCAGGCCUCUCCCAGAGGAUUGUGGGAGUCCAGAGGAGGUGGAGAGUCCGUCAGGCGGUGAGCAGCGACCAGCACCGCCUAACAGCCUCGCCCUAUCAGGAACUGUUGGUGGCGGAGCUAAGAAGCGUCUGGCGGCACCGUCACUCAGCCUCACUUUGAGCCACAAAGAUUCUAUGGACCCGAGCAGUGAUGGGUUCUCUGCAGCAGCGCUGUCUGCAACACCGGACGAGACGCCUUCACUCGACAUAAACCUGGAGGCUUUGGAGACCCCUUCAGGUAGCGAGUCGGGAACGCUGCCAGAUGGCAUCUACGAGCUGGAGUGGGAAGAUGACCUACCCCAGAUGGGGAGGGGCAGGGCUGCAAGCGUGACCAGGAGCACGAUGGAGUCAGAGGGUCUGAUGGAGCUGGACCAGGUGGACAGCAGGGGGCGCCGCUGGAGGAAGUUCAGCAUCGGUGGACAUGAAUAUCACGUCAACAUGAGUGUGCUGGAGCCGUACCUUCAGGUCCUGUCACACGGAGGUUACUAUGGAGACGAGAUGAACGCCAUCAUCCUGUUCACCUCCUGCUACCUGCCGGAGAACACGGUGGAGGACUAUGAGUACGUCAUGGACAACCUGUUCAGGUAUAUUGUGGGCACGUUGGACCUGAUGGUUUCAGAGAAGUACAUCCUGGUCUACCUGUGUGCCAUGGCUCCCAGAAACAAGCUGCCGGCCAUCAAAUGGCUCCACCAGUGCUACACCUCCAUCGACCGCAGGCUGAAGAAGGACCUGAGGGGGCUGCUGGUCGUCCAUCCCGCCUGGUACAUCAGAGCUCUCAUCACUGUGGUCAAACCCUUCAUCAGCGAGAAGUUCAGCAGGAAGAUUCGGUUCAUCCAGACUCUGCAGCAGCUGUCCGAGAUCAUCCCCACAGAACGUCUGCAGAUCCCCGAUGCAAUACGACAGUUUGAUGAGAAGCUGAACAGAUGACGAUCACAGACUGGAUCGAUCCUAAAGGUCAGAGGUCAUCAGACUGAGCGCCUCCUGCUGAUGACCUUUGACCUCCUGCCUUUACAAAGACUCUGGGUUUAUUUAUACUGUCUGUCUUUAAUCAGGGCGGGGCCGUCUGGUUCUCCUGCAGCUUCGGACUCAUUUCAGCUCUGAACCUUUAAGCCGCCAUGUUCUAUCCUAAAUCGUCAAACUGGGCACAGGUCGGUGGUGUAACUGUGACUCCACCCCCCACCGUGUGUCAGGUAGAUGGAGCUCAACAGCUCAUUUUAAACUCUGCAGGAACCAACCCGUCUUAAAAAGGAACGUGUUGCAGGUGUGUUGAUGAUGUCGCCUGUAGAACGACCUCCGUCUGUCAGCUGCAGCAGGGAGAACAGAUGUUUCUGUAUCAGCACCUGCUGCACUAACGUACCUGUAAUAAAAGUAUCGAUCAAACCUUUUUACCAGAUCACCCCUGUUCUUCACAGCUUCAGUAUCUUACUACAGAAACGGUCCUGACAGAGGAACGAAUGUUCCUGUUGCUCUGCAGAGACGCUGUGAACGCUCAAAGACUCAAAUCCUUUUAAAACACGACCAACAGAGCCACUGAUCAAUCUGCAAGAUUUCUGUUCAUUAAUAAAACAGAAUCAGCGUUCAUUUAAACGCC